UGUGAAGUUCACACAAGGAGCUUCAGUUGAGUUUGUGCAUUCCGAACGAACGAACGAUCGCGAUUCAUCAUGGCAAAGCACUGCCUUUCGUAUGGCGCCGUAGGUUUGCUGAUUGUGCUUGCGUCUUGUACGCUGGCCAUCGAGCUGCGUGGUCCUUCGUCGCGCAUCAGCAAUGGACAGGCGGCUGGACCGACCCAGUUCCCCUUCAUGGCGGGAAUUCUCAUCUCCGGAACCAACGAGCGUAGCUUCUGUGCUGGAGCGCUAAUUUCACGUCGCUUUGUGCUUACUGCAGCGGCCUGUAUCGUUGGCACCAACACAUUCACCGUUCUGCUGGGCGCAUCCGACAUGACGCGCAUCGAGCAGAUCAUCCCGGUGCUCAACAUCCCGUCGCACAUUAUCAUCCACCCGGGCUACAGUGCGCUACUCAACCGGGACGACAUUGCACUUCUGCAGCUAUCCCGCGACGCCGAUCUGACGCCGAACGUGCAGGUGGUCAAUCUGCCACGUCGUUACCAUACCGCCUUCACGUUCAACGAUUGGUCCGCCACAGUCGCCGGUUGGGGCAACACGGGUAAUCGGGACAACGAACCGAUACCGCUGCAGCAGCUGCAGUUCGCCACCGGGUCGGUUGUGUCGAACUUUGUCUGCGGCAUUUCGCACAGCUUCAUCCGCGAUGGGAAUAUCUGCAGCUCCACCGACAACGGAGGCCCGUGCAAUGGUGAUGAAGGUGGCCCAGUUUGGGUGACGGAAGGUGGCGACAGGUUCCUGAUCGGUGUGCACUCCUUCCACUACGACGGGCUGUUCGGAUGCGAUCGUGGACGAUCGUCGGUACAUACGCGCCUGACGGAGUAUCUCGACUGGAUCCAAGCGAACACAGAUGUAGUGAUUAGACCUUAAAUAUACUUGAGUUUGAAGUAUA